AUGAGCAACCUGGAUCGAAAAAUCAUUGAACACGAAGGAGUUAAAUAUUAUAAAAAGGGAGGUCAAUGGUACCAAAUGUUUCCAAUUGGAGAAGACAAUGUGCCUGCUGACAUUAAAACCAAAAAAUCCAAAUUAAACCUUCAACCAGAAAUUCAACUUGAUGUGCUUAAAUGUUUGACCUUCAUUCAAUUAUUAUCUUUUCAACAAACAAGUUUUUAUUUCAAAAAUUUUAUUGACACCUUUGAAAAGCAAUUGGCAAGGAAGAAAUACGACAAACUUGAAAUGGUUAGUUUUUUAUAA